AUGGACCGCUUCCUCCCGCUCGACGUGACCCUACAGACCCUCGGCGCACACCUGUACCCAGACGAGCACAUACUCACCCACGCAGACAGCGUCGGCCUCUAUGACGCCAAGGACAAGUCGCCACGCCACGCCGACGGCCGCGCCAUCCUCACUUCGCACCGCGUCGUCUUUGUCUCGUCGUCGCGCCCGCACGCCAACUCGGCCUACCUCCCGCUCUCGCUCGUCCGCCAGACAGAGUACUGGGCCGGGUUCCUCAAGUCCUCGCCCAAGAUCACCCUCCUCCUCGCCGAGCGCCAAACGUCGUCGUCUUCUUCCUCGGGCGCGGCGCAGGAGGGCGCGGCGGCGGCGGCGGGCGACAGGGACGGCGAGCGGGAGCGCGACAAGACGCGCGAGGCCCUCGCGCUCGCCGCCCUCGCUGGCGAGCGCAACUGGGUGUGUCGCGUCUGCGGCAUGCACAACGUCCCGACGGCCCAGCUCGGCCUCAAGUGCUCCCUGUGCGGCGUCACGCGCGACCCGACCCCGUCCUCUUCGUCAUCUUCUCGCCCUCCUCCUCCUCCUCCUCCUGCCGCCUCGUCAGCGCCGCCCUCGCGCUUCGGCACACCCCCACCUCCACCGCGACCUCCUCGACCCGACGCUCCCCCCUCAUCCGCACCCGUCGCGCUCGACCCGACCGAGACGGGUGCGCGCCUCGCGUGCCCCGUGUGCACCUUCCUCAACCACCACUCGAUGACGCGCUGCGAGGUGUGCGACUCGGUCCUCCUCCCGCCGUCCCCUCCGCGCCCUCCCCCUUCGUCCACCUCCCUCGCCCACUCGGCGCCGCACUCGCGCUCCAACUCGACGCGCUCGCUCGCGCCCUCGCGCUCGGGCACGCCCGGCCCGGGCACCGACCCGGCGAGCGCCGCGCCCGUGUCGGUGCCCAUCGCCGGCUCGGGCUCGAGCGCGACGGCGGCGCAGCAGGCGCAGGCGGCGUUCGUGCGGCUCAGCUUCCGCAAGGGCGGCGAGAAGGCGUUCUAUGCCGCGCUCAAGGAGGCGAUGGGCGCGAAAGCGUGGGACUUGAGCGCGGCGGCGUUAGCAGGUGCGGGAAAAGGAGGCAAGGGCGGCAGGGGCGGCAAGGGCGUCGAGGGCAAGGGCGCAGAGGGCGAGAGCGAGGGCAGUCGGGGCGUCGGAAUCGACGCGAUCUUGCGCGGUGUCGACCUCGACGCACGGGACCGCGAGGACUCGCUCGACGACGCGCUCAAGGACCUCGAGAGCCUCAUGCGCAAGGCCAAGGACAUGAUCACGCUCGCCCAGAGCAUCAACGCCCAGCUCGCCUCGUCUGCCGCCUCGCCCUCGAACGGCUCGAGCACGAGCCCCACGCCCGCCGCCGCCGCCCGUGCCGCCUCGCUCGCCUCGUCCUCGCUGCACUCGCUCGGCCUCGCGACAGCCUCGUCGUCCGUCCUCGACAACGCCGUCACGCCCGACCUCGUCGCCGACGACCGGGCGUACCACGCCGAGCUCGCGAGGGAGCUCGACGGCGUGCUCGAGAAGGGGCGCGUUAUGGAGCGCAAGGGCGGGAUAGUCGGGCUCGACGAGGUGUGGUGCCUGUGGAACCGGGCGCGAGGCGUCGCUCGCCUCACCCUGCGCGUCUUCCACCCCUCGGGCCUCACGAUCCUCCACACGCCGCGGUUCGCCCCGCGCGCGUUCGAGAGCCGCGUGCUGGACCUCGUCGAUACGCGGCAGGCGCUCGUCGCGAGCCUGGCGCUCGGCGGGCCGCAGCUGGCGCCGGGGCAGGGGCAGGGGCGGGCGGGCGACAAGGAGGAAGGCGGCACGAGCGCGGCGGCCGAGGCGGCCGAGCGCGAGGGCGCGAGCCUGCUCGACAUUGCGCACGCCGAGGGCCUCAGCGUCGGGCUCGCAAAGGAGCUGCUCGGCGUGCUCGAGCUCGGAGAGCGAGGCGGCGCCGGAGGAGGAGGGGCGAGCGCGGGUGGGGCGGUCGUGCGCGACGAGCAGGCGGGAGAGGGCACGAGGUGGUACAGGAACUGGAUCUCGGGGGCGGUGUGGGACGGGCAGGAGUUCUGA